GUUAUACAACAUAAUUAUUUAGCUAGUUAAAUAAAAACACAACUACCAAAUUACUCCACCAACUCUCUUGAGUUAGUCCUCCGACCAAUCAUCUUCGACGUCAAUGUUUAGCGUGUCUGUGUAUGCACGGGGAGUGUCUGUACCACACUGAUAAGACAGCCCUGCCCGUUCAACAAACUUAUAUCACAAUAUAGCAGCAUGCCUUAAGGUUUUCACUGUAACGGUAGGUGUGUAGCAUUAAUUAUUAGCUAGUCCGACAAAACAUACUGUAACGUUACAUACUGUACGGACAACAACUGAGUGAGGGAACAUGUGGCUGCCUAUGCUUGGGAUGACUGCCCUGCCGCACCUGGGAGGGCUCGUUGGCGGUUACAUCACACGCCAACAGGUAAAGACCUGGUACCCGACCCUGAAGAAACCAUCAUGGCGCCCACCAAAUGCAGCAUUCCCUGUCGUGUGGACCUGUCUGUAUACAGGCAUGGGGUAUGGCUCCUACCUGGUCUGGAAAGAGCUGGGAGGUUUCACUGAGGAUGCACUGGUUCCACUGGGACUUUAUGGGCUGCAGCUAGCACUGAACUGGACCUGGACUCCUAUCUUCUUUGGCGCACACAAGCUGAAAUUGGCACUCAUGGAAAUUGUUCUUCUCACGGGUACCGUCGCAGCCACCAUGGUGUCUUGGUAUCCCAUCAACCGCACUGCCACACUGCUGAUGGCACCCUACCUGUCCUGGCUGUGCCUCGCCACCUCUCUCAACUACUGCAUAUGGAGGGACAACAGUGAGGAGAAAGAAGAGUAGGGAGACAGUUCUGUGUGCUUUGUGAUUUUUCUUGUCAUUAAAUUGCUGCACUGUUUCACUGUUUAGCUUUUAGUUUUAGACCAUAACGUUGGCUAAUGUGAAUGUAAAAAUAAAAAAAGAUGAUACAAAGAAGUCAUGAGGUCAUUGAGAGAUAGUUUUAAUCAUAGUUUUUCUUGCUUGCCAUCUGCAGCAAUGGGGCAGCAGCAUAAUACACACCUUAGCCUUACUCUGUCUGAUGAGGAUCAAACAACCUGCCUCUGAUCCAUCUUUGUUGUUUUGUUACCCAAACUGAAUGGAUCCCUGCUAAAAAUUCAAAGCUCUUAAUGCAAUAUUGAUCAGGCUACUUCUUUAAAGUGAACGAGAAUCACCUUGUUAUAUUGUGACGGCUUUUGAACGCAACUAUGACUAUAAUAUGGACUAAUAAAAUAAUCUUUUGGGGUUUGUCAAGUGUAAA